AAACGAGUUAAAUUUUCACAUUAAAUUAGAUGGGACCCAAAUGAAGUAGAGUGGCUACCAGAGUGCAUGCAGAUCUGUUUCAGGGCGUUGGAUGCUACCAUGGAAGAGAUAUGUGUUGAAAUUCAAGAACAAAAGGGUGACCUUUCAACAUUACCUUAUCUGAAACAAGGGUGGGUCAACUUUUGUAAAGCCUUGCUGGUGGAAUCAACGUGGCAUUACGAAGGUCAUAUACCAACACUUGAAGAUUAUCUUGAUAAUGGGUGGAUCUCAUCAUCCGGUUCAUUAUUUUCGUUUCAUGUGAUUCAUGGGAUGACAAAUAAUAUAACAAUUGAAAAUCUUGAUUUAUGCAAAAAUUGCCAUGAAAUUAUUUACCACACUUCGAUCAUAAUUCGACUUUGCAAUGAUCAAGGUACCUCAACGGCGGAACUAGAGAGAGGUGACGUUGCUUCAUCAAUUUUAUGUUACAUGCAACAAGAAAAUAUCUCAGAAGAUGUAGCUCGUGAGUAUAUCGAAAACAUAAUUUUGGAUUCAUGGAAGAAGAUUAAUUACCAUUUUAAUAUCCUUUCUACAUCACAUCAAAAAAUUGUUAAGCAUGUAAUAAAUGGAGCACGAAUGGCGCAUGUCAUGUACCCUUCUGGAGAUGGAUUUGGGGUUCAAGAUGGCGAAACUCGAGAUCAGAUACUUCUCAACUUGGUUGAACCUAUUACAUAAUCUCCUUGUCUGGACUUCUACAAUAUGUUAUGUGUAUCAACAAGAAGAUAAAGAAGUUUCGUAUACUAAGAUCUCUCGUUAUAUGCAUCGUACGUAAUUAUAUAAAAAAAUUAUUUAUAUUAUGAAUUUAAAGAGUACACAUAUAGUUAAAAGAAAAAA